UGGUCUUGUUCGCCUCCUCCCCGCUCAGGUCUGAUGUUGCGGGCUCUACGGAGGCUGCAGGUGAGGAGACUCGGUGUGUCCUCGUCCACAGAGACUCUGAAGGUUUGGAUUUGACCUCUGGUUAGGACGCGCAUCGUGGAUCAGCUGAUGAUCCUCACGAGCUGCCAUUUUCAGGUCAUCCGAGGCUGCCGGUGUGAGAUGGAGGGGGGGUCUGCGGAGUGAGCGCGAUGGCUGAUGGAUGCUGCAGAGGGAUCAUGGACCGCACGAGGGCGAAGAUUGCAUCAGAGCCGGGAGCCCGGUGCUCGUUUCCCGCUCCGCAGUACGUCCAGCCGGGCUGUGCGCAGCCGCAGGCAGCCUCAGACAUCCAGGAGCUGGCCUCCAAACGCGUCGACAUCCAGAAGAAGCGUUUCUACCUGGACGUGAAGCAGUCCGCCCGCGGCCGCUUCCUGAAGAUCGCGGAGGUGUGGAUCGGCCGCGGCCGCCACGACAACAUCCGGAAGUCCAAGCUGACGCUGUCCAUGUCCAUGGCCCCUGCUCUGCGCGCGCUGCUCGGGGACUUCAUCGACCACUACGCCCGGAUCGGGUUGCGGGGGGGGCCGGGUCCGCAGGAGCAAUGUGCGGGACCCUCACCCACCGGGUCUGCGGGAUCUGACGAGCACGCGCACCGCGUGCUGAAGAGCGACUUCAUCGAGCGGGACAACCGGAAGUACUUCCUGGACCUAAAGGAGAACCAGCGGGGCCGCUUCCUGCGGAUUCGGCAGACCGUAAGCAAGGGCCAUGGGACCAUGGGGUACUAUGGGCCCGGGAUCGAGCAGACCAUCGUCCUGCCUGCCCAGGGUCUCAUCGAGUUUCGUGACGCGCUGUCUCAGCUCAUCGAGGACUACGGGGACGAAGACACGGAUGAGCGGGACCGAACCAACUUCCGGAACCACGAUGACGGCCCCGAGCUGCCAGAGGCCGCGUCCUUCCGGGUCGACAACAAGAGGUUCUACUUCGACGUGGGCUCAAACCGAUUCGGGGUGUUCCUGAAGAUCAGUGAGGUCCGGCAGCCGUACAGGAACACCAUCACUGUCCCGCUGAAGGCCUGGUCCCGGUUUGGUGAGAACUUCAACCGGUACGAGGAGGAGAUGCGCCGGAUUUUUAGCGCGUGCAGCAAAGAGAGGAGGACUGACAGCGAGGAGCACGAGGACUGACCCUGAGGGACUCUACCCCCCCAUUAUAAGGGCUGGUCUACUUCAGAUCUGAACCUGCCAAGAACUUCAGUCCUCCACCUGGUCCACCUGGUCCACCUGGUCCACCUGUCAGAGCUGCUGCUUUAACAGAAGCAAAGUCCUGACCCGGAUCAGACCCGGGCCACAGACUGUUCAGGGUCAGAUCAAAUCAAACUUCAUUAUAAAAUUAUAUCAAAUAA